AAGUGUGUAUCUCCUAGCUUGAAAGGAGGCUGAUCGAGGCGGAGGCAGUCAGCCUGCGACGGAAAAACAAGCGACAACACGUCGAACAGUACAGGUUUAGUCAGUGUUUGAAGAAAGAAAAUGAGAUAAACCAGAGGAGAUGAGGACUUAAACGAAUUUUUUUGUCACUUUGACGAGGGUUUGGUCACUUAUUAUUGUUGGACCCGCGCGCGCUAUCCCUGUGCUGUGACGCUUGUCUGCCCAUUCUGACUGGAGUGAACACUAAGGUAAGGGGGAAUCCAUGAAAGAUGACGGAGGAGGUGAUUGUUGUAGCCAAGUGGGAUUACAUGGCCCAGCAGGACCAGGAACUUGACAUCAGAAAAAACGAGCGUCUCUAUCUCCUGGAUGACUCAAAAACAUGGUGGCGUGUCCGCAAUGCCUCCAACCAGACAGGAUAUGUGCCGUCAAACUACGUUGAACGCAAGAACAGCCUGAAAAAAGGUUCACUGGUGAAGAACAUCAAAGACACUCUAGGUUUGGGAAAGACGAAGAGGAAGACGAGCGCUCGGGAUGCCUCCCCGACGCCCAGCUCGGACACAGAGUUCCCCUCCAAUGGCAGCGGAGGCGGUGGGGGGGUCGGAGGCGGCGCAGCAGAGAGGAUCUACGAUCUGAAUAUUCCCGCUGUGGUGAAGUUCGGCUACACGGCCGAGCGCGACGACGAGCUGACGCUGGUUAAAGGCUCCAGGGUCAUCGUGAUGGAGAAGUGCAGUGACGGGUGGUGGCGGGGAACUCAGGCCGGCCGAGUCGGCUGGUUCCCAUCAAACUACGUCCAGGAGGAGGUGGGAGGGCCGGAGGACGGAGGCAGUGGAGAUUCCCCGCGGGGCUUCCACGGGGGUUCUGCAGGGACUUUGUUAGCUAACGGGCGGGCGGGGGGCCGCGGCGGAGUUCUUCACAGGGUCCAGACUCUGUAUCCCUUUACCUCAGUGACAGAGGAGGAGCUGAACUUUGAGAAGGGGGAGAUCAUGGACGUGGUGGACAAGCCGGAGAACGAUCCCGAGUGGUGGAGUUGCAGGAACGAACGCGGCAUUGUGGGACUGGUACCUAAAAACUAUGUGAUUGUGCUGGACGAGCAGCCCGGCACGCCGUUUCCUCUCUCCAGCCCCAAGCAGAACCGCCUGGCGCCGCCGCGCUCAGGGAGGUUCGCUGACAGGGACUGGUACUACGGAAACAUCACCAGACACCAGGCCGAGCACUUCCUCAACGAGAGGGGAGAGGAGGGCGACUUCCUCAUACGAGACAGCGAAUCCUCGCCCAGUGAUUUCUCUGUGUCUCUGAAGGCGGUGGGGAAGAAUAAGCACUUUAAGGUGCAGCUCUCAGACGGAGUGUACUGCAUCGGCCAGCGCAGGUUCAACUCCAUGGACGAACUUGUGGAGCACUACAAGAAAGCCCCCAUCUUCACCAGCGAUCAGGGGGAGAAGUUGUAUCUGGUCAAAGCGCUGCUGUGAUUCACACGCCUCGACGCUCUCAUAGCCCCGCCCCCCUUCUUCCAUUACCUGUCUCACUUGACCAGGUUUCAGAUCCUCCGGUCUUCCACCGGCCUCUCUGCCCUGGAUGUGUUUCCAGUGAGCACAUCUGCUGCUAACAGAACGUGUGAGGCCUUGUUGGGGUGUGGGGGGGGGGGGGGGGGGGGUCUCACUCUGAUGUCACUCAUCAUGUCUAUUUACAAGCAGGGACGUUGUCAGUCGCACCGUCGCUCUUAAAACACACAGGAGAUCCAAACCUUGAGCUCUCAUUUUCUUUUAAGGACUGCUUUCAGACCUCUUUGUUUAUAUUUCCUCACCAGUUGUUUUUCACAAAGUGACCACAAUCACUCUUUUGCCUUUUUAAUCGUUUUUCUCCCACCAUUCCUUUGAUUUCUGCAAUUCCUGAAUUUGUCUGCCUCAGCCGGUCUGAACUCUUUCCUUAAGGCAGAGGGGGGCGGGGCCUCAUUGCAAUAGAGGAGACCGCCAAGUUCCUGUAGAGUCGAUGGGUGUAACCAAACGUGCCACUCUGCCCCCGGGGGUCACUGCACCUUCAUUCCUGCUGUGCUCCUGCUUUAUGCUGAGACUCCCUCUGCAGAUGUGCCUGGAGCUCCACCAGGAAGAACAAUAACCCAGAUUUUAGGAGCUACUAAACCUCAUCCGUUCCCGCCAUCGAAGGCUGCUCUUCGUAGUGUUUGGCAGAUUUCCAGAGAAUUGUAUAGAAAAUAUAGAUUAUGGAGUCAAUGAGACGCGUUUAAAGACUAAUAGGAAUCAACAGCCUUAAGGUAUAAAUGGAUAAACCCAGAUUAUUUGGUAGAUUAACUAGAUUAACCGUUAUACCACACAUUGGUUCUGCUCCUCUCAGAACUGGCUUACCUGUCAAACGCAUGGAAACCCAGAAAGGAGCAGCUGGAAGUGCUGCUGCCUGGAUUUGAGGUGAUGCUGAAACCUUAAACAGGGACAGGAGCAGCAGCUGACGUGGUUUAGGGGGGAAAUCUGCUCUUUUUCACCAUCAUCCCCCUGCAAUCUGGUUUCUUUUAACUCUCCAUGUGCGUUUGUUUACCAGUGGAAGUGUUGAUCAAGGGGGUUCUCAGCUUUUAUAUGAUCCAUUUGAAUGUUAUUGAGCAUUGUUAUUUAAUUCUUGUCUCCACUGUAUGUAAAUAUCAAAGUAAGAAGAGGUGCAUAUAUGAAUCAUUCAGAUCCGACCAUGGUACUGUAUCACCGACAACCUGAUGAGAAUUCAGAUACUUUUGUUCAAUAAAACCAGUUUUUGGAAAACCA